CAGAUCACCUGCAACCUUGGCCGUCGGCUUCCUGCCAUCAGUCUCCUGGGCCUCACACUCCUCCUCCUCCUCCCCUCCCUUCGCCCCUCUUCAUCCAACACUCAGAGAGCUUCGCUCCUGCCUCGGUGCCCAUCGGUUUGUGCUGAGACUAGCGAGGCUGAAAAUCCUCCCUGGUGUAACGGAGGCCUACUAUCGAUCUCCGACGUGUUCGUAUACGCCAGGUUCUCUUCGGUGCUCAGCUUGUUCUAGAUUGCUUUUUGUGAGACUGAAAUUCCUGUGGUUUGCUUCAUUUGCAUGAGUGCAUCCAAAGAAAUCUGCCGGGAUUAUUAACACCAGCUUUUGAUUGAACCUUGUAGCGUUGGAAAACUUGAAUCCAACACUCAAUCUAUCAGGUCUAUCGGCUUGAGCAGGCGAUCAGGGUGGACUCUUCGUCUUCUUUUGCCCCGUGAGAGUCUCUUCUAGGGAUCCUUUGUAAUCUGCAGAACUUUGGUUCGAGACUUCCGGGAAUACUUUCAAAUACAACCAAACCAUGAAUGGGAGUGAGCAUGGGAGCUUAUCACGAGAAAAUUCACAGAAUGAAAAGAACUCGCAGGGUGUUGGAGAACCGAAGAAAGCAAACCCCAUCCCAAUCAAAGCCACGGGUGUUCCAGCUGCUGUUCACACAAUACAAUUUGGGCUAGACUCUACUUCUUUCGAGGCAAUCGAUGCUACCUUGUUCAAUGUUCGUGGAGGCAAUUAUCUGAAGGAUAAGAUUAAGUACCCUUCACAAGAAUCUGCAUUUGAUCUCGUGGAAUUGUCAGGGUUUUCAACCAAUGAGAUCUGUCGCUUUUCAAUGGACAGAUCCGAUUCAUAUUACAACCGGGCAAGAGCAGCUGGCAGAAAGGAUUUCAUUUUUGUCAUGCAUUUUGAUCUUCGGCCGAUGCAUACAGUGAUGAUCUUUGAGCUCAAGAAGGGGGUUUUGGAGUCCGACAAACCGUUCGCUACAUGCUUCAAACGGUUCCUUGACGGCAAUGAUGAGUACAAGAACAAACGAUUAAAGCUUAUCACGUCAGUGGUGGAUGCGAACUGGGUUGUGAAGAAAACUAUCGGAAAACCAGUACCGGCACUGAUAGGAAAUAAGCUGUCAUGUUACUACCAACAGACGAGUGAUAUGAUUGAGUGUACAUGCGAUGUGAAUUCUUCUCUUGCUGCUUCAGCCAUUGUCAAGGUGGUCAAAUCUGCAUGCAAAGCGAUUGUAUGCGAUUUGGUUGUUCUGUUGGAGGGACAAGCUGAGGAUGAACUCCCUGAGAGGGUCAUCGGAGGAACGAGGUAUGUGAAGCAUGACCUCAGUUCUUAUCCCUUCUUGGAGUGCGAGAAUCGAUGUAAGAAAUAGGACUCGGCGGGCAGGCAAUGGGGUCAAAAUUCAAACCCUCGUCGUGAAACAAAUAAAUUGAGAUUUUCACGG